GUCAUGGCUACCCUCAGCAGCAAGAACAGCAACGGUCAGGCGGUUUACCUUCUAGAUGCUGACAGUACUUUCUCAGGGGAGGACAUACAGGAAGACGACCAGUUCACCAAGAUGAAGUGUCUUGAAGGCUUACAUUUACACCAAAGGCCAGGCAAGUUCUGUGGCGACUUGAUGCCUAAGGAAGAGGAAGAGAAAGACCAGGUGGCAAAGGAGGAUUUGGAUCCUGAUUUGGGGCCAGAUCCAGAUGAGGAAGAGAAUGAUCUUGGGCAUCCAUCUGUACUUGAUGCCACCCAUUACACCCAGGUGCCCUGGCAGGAGAGAAGUCUAUUCAGCUCUCCUGGAGUCAAGACACCUGGUGUGUUGGGGAUGUCACCUGCCUCCUUGCACUUUCCGUGGCAGCCUACAUUUCCCAGCACCAGCGCUCCACCUCAGCACUUCGAACUUCAACAGCCCCUGCUAGACCCAGCUCUCCUCUGCAACCCACUGACCUCGUGGCCUUCUAGGCUCAGUCACCUGACCCAGCUGCACCCACAGCACCGAAGGAUCUUGCAGAAGCAGCAGCAGCAGCAACAACAACAACAACAAACACCAAGUCCCCUAGCCAAGAAGACUUGGUUUCAGCAGCUAGACCCCUAUGCGAACCUCAUGACCCGAAAAGAGAAGGAUUGGGUGAUAAAAGUGCAGAUGGUUCAGCUGCAGAGCGAGAACCCCCAUCUCAAUGACUAUUACUACCAGAAAUACUAUCAGAAGCUAGAGAAGAAGGCAGAUGAAGAACUACUUGGACAAAAGAACAGGGUUCAGUCUCCUAAAUUGGUGACACCUUACAUUCAGAAGGCAGAGACUUAUGAAUCAGUGGUUCGAAUUGAGGGUUCCCUGGGCCAGGUAGCUGUAUCUACAUGUUUUAGUCCUCGUCGAGCUAUCGACGCUGUGUCUCAUGGAACUCAAGAGCAGGAUCCAGCAGCUGUAAGCAGUCAGAAGCUUUGGGUAUUAUGCAGGAUUGAGAAGAUGUUUCUUCAGUUACUAGAGAUAGAGGAGGGCCAGAAGGAUGGGAUUCCACAAUCCUGCUACUCUGAGCAGCAGAACAACCAGGUUGAAAAGCUGUUCCAAGCCUUAAAGACCGAGGAGAAGAACAAACUAGAGGAGGCAGCGGAUAGCUUCUUGCAGGUGCUCUCUGUGAAGAAAGGGAAGACCUUGGUGGCCCGCCUGCUGCCCUUUCUGUUGCCUGAUCAGGCUGUUAGCCUUCUUCUGGUUAUUACCCACCAUCUGCCCCUCCUGGUCCGCAGGGAUGUGACUGACCAGGCCCUACACAUGUUGUUCAAGCCUCUGGGCAAAUGUAUCAGUCAUUUGACCUUCCACGAACUCCUCCAAGGACUUCAGGGGCUAAUGUUAUUACCACCCGGCUCCUCCGAGCGCCCAGUCAGCGUGGUACUUCAGAACCAGUUUGGAAUAUCUUUGCUUUAUGCCCUUCUAAGUCAUGGGGAGCAGCUGGUGUCCCUGGAUUCUUCCCUAAAGGAACCCAACAGGGACCACACAGCUUGGACAGACAUGGUAGUUCUGAUUGCCUGGGAGAUAGCUCGGAUGCCUACAGCUGCUCUGGCAGAACCCUUAGACUUCCCCAACAACCUGCUUCCCCUGUUCUGUCACCACUUGGACAAACAAUUGGUUCAACAGCUAGAGGCCAGGAGUAACUGAUAGCAGAAAGGUCACAGCCAAUUGUUCAAGCCCAAUCUAGAAUCUGCCAUUCACUGUCCUAGUUCUUUAACAGCUUUCUCUGGCUUGAACCACUGGUAGAACACACGACUGUUUUACUUGGGCUGUUUGUACACUGGUGGUAGAACUAGGACAGGGAUGCACGUACCACUGAUGGCUCAAGCUUCUAGCAGUGAGAUACAUGACCUACAGUCCUAUUUCAAUGUGUUAAAACUAAGACUAUGGAGCAUAAUGUCCUUUCAAAGUAGUUAAGACCCUCUGGAAUUUAUUAAGUAAUCUGACCCAAUUGUCAACCCUACAACCUUUUUCUUCAGCCAAACUUUUUCACUUUAAACCUUGUUUAGUCACACAUAGUCAUAUUGAGGGUAAGAGUUGAUUUGAAAAAAUAUUCAAGAAUCUAUAGUGGGGUGUGGUGGCACAUA